AUGCGUGGGACUGUAUUAGUGAUUAUUCUCGGUUUACUCUUGUGUUACUCCCAAAGACUAGCAUCAUGUGCAGUCUUGGACAUAUCACAGGUUGAUGAACUGUUUUAUGAUCAAUUUGAAUACUACUAUGACUACGUGCAUACCAAAAUGUUUAAUCCUAUAGUAGGUGUUUCUAUCACGUCCGUAAAAGAGGGUCCUGUGACCUUAUGGGAUGUUGGACCGGGAGAAAUAUGUCCAAUUGUUACUAUCCGUCUCAAGGACAACGAACCAAUCUUGGUAAAUAUUACAAUUUAUGGUCGUGAAAGAUACAUGAUUUAUCUGCUAAAGCAAGAGGGAAGAUGGAGCUCUGACCCUGUGAACACAAAGGAAAAGCUAUACAUGGAGUUUGACAAACUUAAAACCAUUCCGGCACAGAUUAUUCCCUUCACUCUAAACCUGACCGCUAUGAGUGGAAUUGAAUUUGACAUAUUUGAGCUUGCGAUUUUUUCACUAUCGAGUUGGUUGUAUGUUCCAAAAGUGGCGUUUUCCAUCACUGAGAUAGGGGAUGGAGGAGAUGUCAUAUGGAAGGCAAAUGAGGACGAGAGGCGCUGCACUUCUGUAUUUGCACAUUUAAAGGAUGGAAGUCCGUAUCUCCUAUACUUCUUGGUCAAAGGCGCCGAUGAUUCGCGGAAGAGACAGUACUACUACAAGGAUGGGUCCAAGUGGAUUCGUACAACAUUUAGUGAGAUCAAUGAUAAACUCGAGGACCUUUUGGAUGCUCUAGUCAGCGAUAUUGACACGCCUCCACUUUCAGAAGAUGAAGUUUCUGAUAUGGACGGUGGAUAG